UUGUAAACUAACGACGGGCGUUAUGAACGCCCGUCGUGCGAAUCCGGUCGGUUUCGCGUCGCCUAUUGUCACGUACAUUUCCGAGUCGAAAUCUCGCACGCACGGGCGAGCGAUCAUCACGUGGCGAGACGACGAGAUACGCGUAUGUAAACGUAAGGUAGGCUCGCGCGCGAUAUCCCCUGCCUGAGUUUAAGUCAAUCGUCGCCGAUCGACUCGAUGAAUACGCGCGUCUCCGUUGACGCGGGUUCGACUUUGUUUCGUUGGCGCGCGCUCCUGUUUACUCGCAUUGUUGCACACUUUGGCUAACCACACGGCUACGCGGUGCGGGUUUAUUACACGGCGCAUCAUGCUGGAUCAACCGUUCGGAGCGGACGAACAUUAUUGGUAAAUUACAGUGUCGGACUACCACUCCCCCCUCCCCACUCCCCGCAGAUCGCACAAUGAGAAUGUGAGCGAUCACUGGCAUCCCUCUCUCGCUCGUGAAAAUCUACAUGGGUAACCUCACACUUUAUCGUCUUGUUCUUAAACUCCGAUGUUAUUGUUCCUCUCGACGUUGUGCUCUCGCAAUCGAUGCAUCGGCGGAUUGAACAGAUUGUCACUUUUUGGGAAUUUUGUUUCGUAUCGUGACGGCCAGCAGUUAUCAAAAUAUCACGUGUUGCCAUGUCCAUGUCCAUGUGACACUGGCUUUAUAUAUAAUAAAGUAAAUCGAAUGGUGCAAUGGGAUUGUGUCUCUCUAUGCGAUUGGAAUUCUUUUUUAAAUAGAAGGAAAUAAUUCGCAAUGUCACACUGCCAGAACCUUUGUUAGAGAAGCACUAUGUUUUGAUAGGUGAAUAUGGUAUUAAGUUUUCGAGUGUCUGAGCUUCAGAUGCUUCUUGGUUUCGCUGGUAGAAAUAAAUCUGGCAGAAAGAACGAAUUACAAGGGCGUGCGUUGGAAUUAUUACGCUUGAGAUCAUAUCCAGCUAUCCGAUUAAAGAUACGUGAAUUGUAUAAGACAAUACAAGCAGAUCAAAUGCAAGCGCAUCAAAUGUAUGGUCAAACUGGUAAUUCCUCUGAGUCACAAAUUGACCAAAAUAUGCAUAAUAGAAAUUAUUAUACGAGGCAAGCGAUUAGUCAGCAACAGCAACAGCAAGCACCUGUUUCUGCUGGGAAGGAGCUGCCUCCAGCGCAUCAAGCAUCUAUGCCUCAGGCACCUAGGACCAAUCCAGUAUAUCCGACAGCUGGUUAUACUAGUGUAGCACCACAAGUAUCACGAAGAAAGAAGAGAAGUCAAAAUAUUGGACGAAAAAGUAGAACAGCUAAAAAAAAUCAACUCUAUAGAAAGCGAAAAUCAACAGCAAGCUUUACAUCAGCAAGCAACGAACAGACAUUAGAAGCAGCAACAAAUCAAUUGUUACAUAAUUUGUGCAAUAAUACGCGUACUGCAAAUACAGGGUAUAAUCCAUAUCAAUACCCAACCAAAGUUUUACCUGCACCAUUGCAAAUACAACCUACAAGCCAAUAUCCAGUUCAUCCGGAUGUUAGACUGAAAAGACUUCCAUUUUUCGAUUUAUUGGGCGAAUUAUUGAAACCCUCUAGUUUAAUGCCACAGGGAUCGAUGAGAAUACAAGAAAAUACAUUUUUAUUUCAUUUGACUCCACAACAAGCGACUGAUAUUGCCAGUGCACGCGACUGUCGAGCUGGUAGUAAAAUGGAUUAUGUUGUACAGGUACAAAUGCGAUUCUGUUUACAAGAAACGUCAUGUGAGCAGGAAGACUAUUUUCCUCCAAAUAUUGGAGUAAAGGUUAAUGGAAAAUUGUGCCCUUUACCUAAUCCUAUACCUACUAAUAAACCAAGUGUAGAACCGAAGAGACCACCGCGGCCUGUCAAUAUCAGUCCUUUGGUGAAGCUGUCUCCUACGGUCGGAAACGAAAUCCGCGUUACAUGGUCGGCUGAUUAUGGUAGGCGAUAUGCAAUCGCAGUGUAUCUCGUCAGAAAAUUAACCAGUGCAGAAUUACUCACUAGAUUAAAAAACAGAGGUCCAAGGCAUUCCGAUUAUACUAGAGGAUUAAUUAAGGAGAAAUUAAACGAAGAUGCAGACAGCGAAAUAGCUACUACAUCAUUAAGAGUAUCGUUAGCUUGUCCUUUAGGAAAGAUGAGGAUGUGUACGCCCUGUCGCGCAUCGACAUGUUCACAUUUACAGUGUUUUGAUGCUUCUUUGUUUCUUCAAAUGAAUGAACGGAAGCCUACUUGGAAUUGUCCGGUUUGUGACAAACCGGCGCUCUAUGACAAUCUUGUGAUUGAUGGAUAUUUCCAGGAAGUUCUUAAUUCAAAUAAGUUACUGCCGGACGUAAAUGAGAUUCAAUUGUUGCAAGAUGGUUCGUGGGAGAACUUAGUAUUGAAGAAAGAAAAAGAUAAGGAGAAAACUGAAACAAAAGCGACGGCCGAUUCACGGGAUAAUAAAAUUGAUGUAGACACCGUGGAUCUAGAUGAAACUAAUCCUACUACUCCGGCACCAAAAGAGAAGAAGCGCGCUGUCAUUAUUGAUUUGAUAUCUGAUAGUGAUGAUGACGAUGAAGAUAACACGCCGACUCAAAGUACAAAGAAACCAGCUACUGGUAUUUCAUCGCCUAAGAAACCGCAGACUAGUUCUAUUAGUAGUACGAGCGAAUCACCAGAAUACAUGAUAAUCGAUUUAGAAUAAAGAAUUGUGUGAUAUUACACAUACAGAGUUUUUGUCAAAAUUCUUUUGAAAAGAUCUCAACGUUUUUCUUUAUUUAUUAAACUCGAUCUGGAUUUAAUCGACAUAUUUUGCAUUAUUUUAUAUUUACAGUGAGCUUUUGAGGGAGUUUAAAAUAAGACUUUUAUUUUUUGUAACUUUAAUAUAACAUUGCAUAUAAUAAUACAUGUAAAUACAAAUCACCUUUGGACAAUGGACCAAAGCAUAUUGGACCUUUCGUCCAAUCACCUUUGGACAUUAGACCAAAGCAUAUUGGACCUUUCGUCCCAUGUUGCACUUUUGGCGAACGGAAUAUAAUAAAAUGAGAGUCUGAUUUUACUAGAAUAAUAUAUAAUACAAUUCUUAUAUUUUGAGAUUGAUCAUGUAAUGUGGUGUAAAUGAAACUAAAGUUACCCUCGUUUUUUUUGUAAACUUAUUAAACAUGAUAAGAUUUUUUAUGAUUAAGCUGCUAAAUUCAUUUGCUUUAAUCAUUUUAUUUCUUCUAAGAUUGUUAUUUAAGUUUAACAUGAUUGGAAAAUAUGUUUGAUGAUACUUAUUUCAAAAAAAGUUAAGACUCCUUGGUCUUUCACUGUAAUUAUAUUGAAUUAUCAAUGCUAUGAAUGAUAUUCUUGAUGAGAUUUACAAUUAUUUUUUAAUUUAAGGUCAAGAAAAAAAUAUUGGGUACAUCUCACAAAUUAAAUCUAGGACACUAGAAUUGUGAUAUACGAAAAAAUUAAUUUAUUUCGAUGUAUAGCGUGAAGAAAAAUUCAUACAAUUUCUCAUCACAAUCCAGUACUGUUAUGAUAAAAAACUGGAAGCCUUAAUCAAUGAUUUAUUUUUAUAUAAUGUUUGAUUAUAUGAUCUGGGUUCAAAUUAAAAAAAAAAAUUGGUUAGUUGCUCUAUAAAAUUCUUAUAUAUUUAGAACAUAUAAAUUUUGCUUUUAUACUAAUCGAAUGAAUACCCUGAUGUUUGACAAUAUAUAUUAUAACAUUUAUGUUCAUUCAAUAAGAUAGAGAAAAUGUUUUUAUUGCGGCGAUUAUUUAAUAUUUCGUUCUUUCAAGGAGAAAAGAGAAAUUAUUUUUAUUAAAAAAUAUUGAUAAAUUUUAGCAAAUAUAUAUAAAUGUAGAGAAUGAAAAUGUUUGUGUGUAUGUGUUGUGCCAAGUGUAUUAAGAAGGAUGUAAUAUAUUACUGUCUUUUUUUUACAUGCGAAUCGCUUUUC